AUGCCUUUCCUCGGGUUUCGCUGGAUCGUCAACUUUGUGCUGCUGGCCAUCCCCAUCGGAGUCACCCUCGGCGUCCUCAUCGGUAUCGACGCCGGCAGAAGCGCAAACGGCGACAAGCCGCUCUUCACCCAGCCUGAUAACCCAGGGACGAUACCAAAGAACAAUGGCAUCACGGCCAUGGUAUCCUGCGACAAGGCGUUCGGUCUUCACCCUCCGUCAAAGGGCCAGGAGUACACACUGAACCCGAACCAGUGGGGUUGGAACGAAGGCGAAGAUGGUCUGCUUUGCAUGAACGUCACCGCGUUCAACAACCAGACGUACCCGACCGACUUCAGCGCGCCCGAGUUCUACGUUACAUGGCGUUACCCUCGCGGCCCGGAGACGCAGCCUGUCCACGCUUUCCCCAACAUCAAGGUCGACGGUACCAUCCUCCCGAUCUCCAUCUCGUCCCUGGCCAGUGUCAGCGUCGACGUCGAGUGGUCCUACUCGGUGGGCAACUACACCACCGAUGGCGCAGCGGCUACCGACACGAACGAGGCCGAGCUCACCGAGAACGACACCAACGCCAACGUCGCCAUCGAUAUGUUCUUGGACGACGACAAGGACAACGCCAGUGACAGCACCAAGGCCAAGUUCGAAGUCAUGGUGUGGUUCGGCACCUUUGGCGCAGCGACGCAGCCCAUUGGAUACCAGGGCGGAGCGGGUGCCCUCACGACGCAGACGAUCAACGGAACGAGCUUCCAACUCUUCUUUGGCCAAAACAGUCUCGGACAACACGUCCUGACCUGGAAGGCGAUGGUGACAGUCGAGCACUUUGUCGGCGACCUGGCGCCCCUGAUCACGACGCUCACGACCAUGAACCGCGCCAACUUCCCCACCUCGGCGACCUACCUGGGCUACAUGGGUCUCGGCUCCGAAGCGCUCUCGGCCACCAACGUCGUCACCUUCCGCGUGCCGACCCUGACCAUGGAUAUCAAGGCGUCCACGUGA